AUGCGUCCAGACCAACACAAGGAUGCGAAUUCUCGAAGAUAUCAAGCAAAGUUGCGUGCUCGUGAUGGAGAAGCCUCAGCAGCUGCAAAAGAAGUACAAGAAAAACGUAAAGAGCGUAAGUCUAAAUCAAAAGGAACAACUUACGUUGAGUCUAGUGAAGACAAUUCUGAUUCAAAUGAGGAAACUACCUUUGCAAAGCAACGGUCAUUUCACCGUCGAAAAGUUCAAAGUAAUGAUUAUCGUUAUCAGGAGCCUAGUCAAGAAGAUGAAUUACGGGAUGACCCGGAUGGAAUUGAUCGAGAAACCAGCAACUUUCUGGAAAUGAUUAAAGAUACUGAAAAGCAAUCUUUUGAUCCAUCAUCAUAUUUCCAAUUUAAGGAGGAAAAAGAUUGGGGUACAACUUCAACAACAGAAGAACGGGAUCUCGAUAAGGCAAGGCGCUCAAUUAUGAUUAAGAAUCUGAUCUGA